AACCGGAGUAAACGAGCGCUAUAAAAGGGGUGAUGCAACGAGCUCUGAGCCACAGUUGCACUCGGCGAGGCGCACACUUCCCUGAGCGCAGCUAGCAGCCCGCGCCGUCCCAGAGCCGUGCCGCCAGCUCGUGCGUCGCCUGUAAGCCCGCAGCGCUCCCCUACCGACCCGACCCUGCCCGCCGCGCGGACCCCCGCCGCCACGAGCGGAGCCUGGAGCAAAAUGAUGCUUCAACACCCAGGCCAGGUCUCUGCUUCGGAAGUCAGUGCCUCAGCCAUCGUUCCCUGUCUGUCCCCUCCUGGGUCGCUGGUGUUUGAGGAUUUUGCUAACCUGACGCCAUUUGUCAAGGAAGAGCUGAGGUUUGCCAUCCAGAACAAGCACCUGUGCCACCGGAUGUCUUCUGCAUUGGAGUCAGUCACUGUCAGUGACAGACCUCUGGAAAUGUCUGUCACGAAAGUUGAGGUAGCUCCUGAAGAAGAUGAAAGGAAGAAGAGGCGACGGGAAAGAAACAAGAUUGCAGCUGCCAAGUGCCGGAACAAGAAGAAAGAGAAGACAGAAUGCCUACAGAAGGAGUCGGAGAAGCUGGAGAGUGUAAAUGCUGAACUGAAGGCCCAGAUUGAGGAGCUCAAGAACGAGAAGCAGCACUUGAUCUACAUGCUCAACCUCCACCGACCCACGUGCAUCGUCCGAGCUCAGAAUGGGCGGACUCCAGAAGAUGAGAGAAACCUCUUUAUUCAACAGAUAAAAGAAGGAACAUUGCAGAGCUAAGCAGCCGUGGCAUGGGGCAACUGGGGAGUCCUCAUUGAAUCCUCCUUUUACACCAAAAACCCUGACGCCAUUGGAGAGCUGACUUCCUGUGCACCUCUAGAAUCCCAGCAGCAGAGAACCAUCAUGGUGCGAAGGGCCCUUGGAGACACACUGGGCCUUCCCAUCGUGCCCCAGAGUGAACUUUGGACCAGGGCAAGCACAUCUUUUGCCUCAGCUCCAGGAUUUAGGCCUUUACUUACUGGCCAUCUUUAGAUAUUCCGGAUGGUCCCUGGUUAGGCUCCUGCCUACUUUUCAUCUGGAUUCUAUGAACACCAGGAUGCCCACCCCUGGGAUUCAUGCAGAAGUGUCUGUACCUUGGAGUGGAUGAGAGGAUGCGAUCUCCACAGCAGGGGCUGCUGUCCCUUAUAGGAGUGGAGUGGAGUGGCAUCAUUUAGUGAACUUGUACGAUGGCCAGGGCUGUGCUUCCUAGCAAACAUGCUGUUUUGUCCAAGAAUGACCAUGCAGGAGGCAUUUGUUUCAGAACUAGGCUUUGUGCUCUUCUCAUGUUUGCCGCAUCACCUGUGUGACUUUUACAUGCUUCUCCUCAGGUCUGUCGCCACUAGCAGUGUCUCACAAUGUAUGCCAGUGGCCAUGAGAGCAUGUGGGCCCCUGGAAGGCACAGUCCUCCUGCUGGCCGGCAGGGUAGCUUUGUGCUAACCAAGGAGACCUCCUUUCCUUUAGCACUGGGGCAUGACGGCAGGGCCCCUGAUGCAGGAGCAAAUUGAGGAGUCCAGCUUCCAAAAGGUGAGGCCUCUCCGCCCAGUGAUGUAGGUCAGGAGUUAGUUCUAGGCCAGAAAAGCCCAGGAAUAUUCCAUUUUCCUCUCUCUGUGGUCAACAGGCACAGUGAGUGGAGGACUGUUUGAAGCCAGGUGAUGUCUAGGCUUUCUCAUUAUUAGAUGUUAAUGGCAUUGUUUUUGUCACGUAGCUGUUUCCAGAAAUAAACCCAGAGUAUCUGCCACUGUGAGAGUCACUCA